GGCAAAGAUGGGGCAAUCCAUGGUAACCCCUCUAAGUCUCACUCUCGACCAUUGGCAGGAUGUCCGGAGCCGAGCCAACAACAUGUCGGUCGAGAUUACAAAGAAAAAAUGGAUAGCACUCUGCUCCUCUGAAUGGCCAGCUUUCAAUGUCGGUUGGCCCAAAGAAGGAACCUUUAACCUUGAUCUUAUUUCACAGGUCAAAUCCCAAGUUUUUCAUUCUGGACCCAGAGGACACCCAGAUCAAGUCCCCUACAUCGUGACUUGGGAAAAUCUAGUCUCUAACCCACCCCCAUGGGUCACCCCUUUCUCCUCACUUAAGCCCUCUCCCCCUUCUCCUCUAAGCCCCUCACCUCUCCCAUCUGCACCCCUUGCUCCCAUUCCGGCACCAUCUACCCAAAGUUCUAGGUUGUACCCUAUAUUAGAUAAGUCUAAACCCCCAGCCUCAAGCAGGUCAAAGUCGCGAACGAUCCUUCCACCCGAUGAAUCCACCCUGAUGGACCUGAUGACAGAGGAACCCCCACCCUAUCCACCCCAACCUCUUCCAGCUCCCCAUUCAGAUUCCUCCGAAGAAGAGGAAGAAUCACCUGUCGCCGGUGCCCCUCCAGACCCAUCCCCCAUGGUGGGGCGACUCCGGGGACGCCGAGAACCCCCAAAUCUGGGGAAAACUUCAAAAGCCUUCCCCUUGCGCCAGACAGGGGGCCCUAAUAGUCCAUACCAGUAUUGGCCAUUCUCCGCCUCUGAUCUUUAUAAUUGGAAGGCUCAUAACCCUCCUUUCUCUAGUGACCCAGUUGCCUUGAUUUCUCUGAUUGAGUCUGUUCUAGUGACCCACCAGCCAACCUGGGAUGAUUGUCAGCAACUUCUCCAGACUCUCCUCACCUCUGAGGAGAAACAAAAAGUGUUACUGGAGGCUCGAAAAAAUGUUCCAGGGGAUAAUGGGCGUCCCACUCAACUACCAAACCUGAUCAAUGAAGCCUUUCCUUUGACCCGACCAGAUUGGGACUAUAGCACUGAUGAAGGUAGGAACCACCUACGUCUCUAUCGCCAGUUGCUUAUAGCGGGUCUCCAUGGAGCAGGGCGACGGCCCACUAAUUUGGCCCAGGUAAGACAGACUAUUCAACGGGCGGAAGAAACCCCGACCGCAUUUCUAGAAAGGUUGAAAGAGGCUUAUCGAAGAUUCACUCCCUUCGAUCCAGAUAGUGAGGAGCAGAAAGGUAACGUCUCCAUGGCAUUUAUCUGGCAAUCAGCCCCAGAUAUAAGAAGCAAGUUACAAAGGUUGGAUAAUCUGCAGGACUAUUCCUUGGCAGAUUUACUGAAGGAAGCAGAAAGGAUUUUUAAUAAGAGGGAAACUCCAGAAGAAAGGGAAGAAAGAAUUAGGAAAGUGCAAGAGGAAAGAGAGAUGAGAUACAAAGAGGAAUUAGAUAGAAGGGAAAGGGAAAGAGAUCAAAAGAGAAAUAAAGAAUUAAGUAAAAUACUGGCCACGGUCGCGCAGGCAGAACUAAAGGAGAAUAGGCUAGGAAAGGAAAAAGGGCGAAGCAGGCCCCUCGUAGAGCAUGACCAAUGUGCCUACUGCAAGGAAAAAGGACACUGGGUUAAGGACUGUCCAAAGAACCCAAAAAGCCCCCAAUUGCUGGCUUUAGAUGAUGAAGAUUAGGGGCGUCAGGGCCAGGAGCUCCCCCCUGAGCCCCGGGUAACUCUUCGAGUGGGGGAGCAACCGAUUACUUUCCUAGUAGACACCGGAGCCCAACAUUCGGUACUAACCCAAGCUCCAGGGCCCUUGAGCAGCAAGACCACAUGGGUCCAAGGAGCCACCGGGUGCAAAUCUUACCGAUGGACCACCAAAAGAGAAGUGCAUCUUGCCUCAGGUAAAGUCUCCCACUCAUUCUUACAUGUACCUGACUGUCCAUACCCACUACUAGGAAGAGACUUACUAACUAAAUUGAAAACCCAAAUUCAUUUUGAAAAUGGGAAAGCCUCAGUCAGCGGACCAAACGGGGCUCCUUUACAUAUACUAACCUUUAAAUUGGAAGAUGAGUACCGACUAUUUGAUAGCACCCCACAACCCGAUCGGAACAUGGACUAUUGGAUUACUACUUACCCAGAAGCUUGGGCAGAAACCGGGGAAGUGGGGAUGGCAAUACGCCAGCCCCCUAUAGUGAUUCCACUUAAGACUACUGCCUCCCCUAUUAACAUCAAGCAGUACCCCAUGUCAAUGGAGGCUUACCAGGGCAUUAAGCCACACAUCCAGCGGCUCUUAGACCAAGGCAAUCUAACCCCUUGUCGAUCGCCCUGGAAUACCCCCUUACUCCCAGUUAAGAAGCCCGGGACUAAAGAUUACCGGCCAGUUCAGGACUUAAGAGAAGUAAAUAAAAGGGUAGAAGAUAUUCACCCCACGGUGCCUAAUCCCUACAACCUCCUGAGCACCCUGCCUCCCACUCACACCUGGUACACAGUAUUGGAUUUAAAGGACGCAUUCUUCUGCCUAAGGUUAAGCCCCCAAAGCCAGGCCCUCUUUGCAUUUGAAUGGAGGGAUCCUGAGAAGGGGCUCUCUGGGCAGCUGACCUGGACCAGACUACCGCAGGGAUUCAAGAACAGCCCGACACUCUUUGACGAGGCUUUACACCAGGACUUGGCCGACUUCCGGGUAAGACACCCCUCCUUAAUAAUGCUCCAAUAUGUGGAUGACAUCUUAUUGGCAGCUACCUCUGAGGAGGAAUGCCUGGAAGGAACGAAAGCGUUAUUGCAAACCCUAGGGCAACUAGGGUACCGGGCAUCAGCCAAAAAGGCACAAAUUUGUCAAACCAAAGUUACUUACCUUGGCUAUGAGCUACGUGAUGGCCAAAGGUGGCUGACCCCAGCCAGAAAAGAGACUAUUUCAAGCAUCCCAGUCCCCAAGAACCCCAAGCAGCUGCGGGAAUUUCUAGGGACUGCAGGAUUUUGCAGACUAUGGAUUCCUGGGUUCGCGGAAAUUGCAGCCCCUUUGUACCCACUGACAAAACAAAACAACCCAUUUACUUGGACUGAGGAACAUCAGAUGGCAUUUGAUCAAAUUAAAUUGGCCCUCCUGUCUGCCCCUGCCUUGGGUCUGCCAGAUGUCACCAGACCCUUUGAUCUGUUUGUAGACGAGAAACAAGGCUAUGCUAAAGGAGUCCUAACCCAAAAAUUAGGACCUUGGAGGCGUCCUAUAGUCUACUUGUCCAAGAAAUUGGAUCCUGUAGCAUCAGGAUGGCCCCCUUGCCUUCGGAUGGUGGCGGCAGUCGCCAUCCUAAUUAAAGAUGCCACCAAAUUGACUCUGGGACAGCCAUUAACUUUACUAACACCCCAUACCAUCGAGGCCAUUAUUCGUCAACCUCCCGACCGCUGGAUUUCUAAUGCCCGGCUCACCCACUACCAAUCUCUGCUGCUGGACACGGACCGAAUCCAAUUCGGCCCCGUUGUCACCUUAAACCCAGCAACACUCCUGCCCCUUCCAGGAGGACCUACCCCCCAUAACUGCCAGCAGAUUCUUGCAGAAACCCAAGGAACCAGACCAGAUCUCACAGAUCAACCUAUGAAGGACGCAGAGCUGGUAUGGUACACUGAUGGAAGCAGUUAUCUACUUGAUGGGGAACGACGGGCGGGAGCAGCUAUCACCACCGAGUCAGAGGUAAUUUGGGCAAGUGCACUACCGGGAGGAACUUCAGCUCAGCGGGCAGAAUUGAUAGCCUUAACACAGGCAUUAAAACUAGCUGAAGGAAAGAAACUCAAUGUGUAUACAGACAGUAGGUAUGCCUUUGCCACCGCCCACAUUCAUGGAGAAAUUUAUCGACGGCGAGGAUUGCUAACUUCAGAUGGAAAGGAGAUCAAAAAUAAAACUGAAAUUUUAGCCUUACUAAAAGCCUUGUUCUUGCCAAAGAAACUAAGCAUAGUACACUGUCCCGGUCACCAGAAGGGGGAUCACCCGGAGGCAAAAGGGAACAGGCUGGCAGACGAAACUGCAAGAAAUGCGGCUCUAGGACCACAACUCCUAGUGACCACCCUAUUGCCACAAAAGGUUAAGAAGUCGCCUGAGGACUUCGAUGAACACUGGGUCUAUGAGGACCCAGAUUUGGACAUUGUGCAACACCUAGAGGCCACCUAUAACCCGGCUGAAGGCACAUGGGAAUACCAGGGAAAAACUGUAAUGCCUAUCAAACACACCAAAGAAAUAAUAAGGUCCUUGCACUGACUUACUCAUUUGGGAGCUAAAAAGAUGAGAACCCUCUUGGAUCAUGGAGAAGGAAAUCUAUACCUGCCCCACAGAGACUCAAUCAUCAGGCAAGUCGUGAGAAAUUGUCAAGCUUGUGCUCAGGUUAACGCAGGUAAAAUAAAAUUUGGGAUUGGAAUCCGGGCCAGAGGGCACAAGCCUGGAACCAGUUGGGAAGUCGACUUCACAGAAAUCAAGCCUGGUAUGUAUGGAUACAGGUAUCUUUUAGUUUUUGUAGACACUUUUUCAGGAUGGGUAGAAGCAUAUCCCACUCGGCAUGAGACUGCUAAAGUCGUAGCAAAGAAGCUACUGGAAGAAAUCUUUCCAAGGUAUGGUGUACCUGGGGCCAUUGGUUCAGAUAACGGGCCUGCCUUCACCUCCCAGGUAAGUCAGUUAGUGGCCAGUACAUUGGGGAUUAAUUGGAAAUUACAUUGUGCUUACCGACCCCAAAGCUCAGGGCAGGUAGAAAGAAUGAAUAGAACUAUCAAGGAGACUUUAACCAAAUUAACGCUUGAAACUGGCACUAGAGACUGGGUGCAACUCCUGCCUUUAGCUUUGUACAGGGCCAGGAACACCCCUGGCCCUCAAGGACUAACCCCCUUUGAAAUUCUGUAUGGUGCCCCACCACCCGCUGUCAAUUUCUAUGAAACUGAGAUUUCUGCUCUAUUCACCCCCACCCUGCAGACCCAUUUGCGUGCAUUGCAGUUAGUCCAAAAUGAAGUCUGGAAGCCCCUAGCGGCAGCCUAUAAGGAACAGCUGGAGAAACCAACAGUGCCACACUCCUUCAAGAUAGGAGACACCGUCUGGGUCCGGAGACAUCAGAGCAAAAACCUUGAACCUUGCUGGAAAGGACCUUACACCGUCUUGCUGACCACCCCUACCGCCAUCAAGGUAGACGGCAUUGCAGCCUGGAUCCACGCAGCCCACGCGAAAGCGGCACAUCCACAAGACUCCGCCCCGACACCCCAGGAAUCAACAUGGAGGUUACGACGCACCCAAAAUCCGCUAAAGAUAAGACUUUCACGUUGUUAAUUAUCUUAGCUUUGUUUCCUGUGAUGCCCUAUGGCAGUCCGCAUGUAUCCAGAAAUCUAGUUUGGUCUAUUCACAAUAUUGAAACUGGAAAGAAAUUAGUCCUGGCUCAAGGGCAUCAUGCCCUAAACACCUGGUGGCCGGACUUAACUUUCGAUCUCUGUAAGUUAGCUGAAGGAUCUUGGGAACACACUCAGAAAACCAAAGGGGACUCCUAUCCACCCUGCAGAUUCCGAUCUUGGUAUUUUUGCCCUGGGCGCACCAGAACCUACCAAUGUGGGGGGCCAGAAGCCUACUAUUGUGCCUCAUGGGGUUGUGAAACUAGUUCAAAUGGGUAUUGGCUCAAGGGAAAACCUAGAAGUGACUACGUGCAAUUUUCAGAAACAACCCCAGGUGAAUCUAAUGUAACUAUCAGAUUUACCCAGGAAGAAAAAAAACAAAUAGCAUGGCUCCAAGGAUAUUUAUGGGGAGUUCGCCUACACACUCCGCAAGGCGAUCCAGGGCUCCUAUUCCGAAUUCAGGUAGAAGCAAAAGAAACAAAAACCCCAGUAGGCCCCAAUUUGGUUCUUGGAGACCAGCGGGUACCCUCAGUCCCUGAAUCGAAAGAACCCUCCAAGACCGUACCCCCACCUACUAGCCCUGCGUCCACACCAUCAGAUAGCGUCCUUCCCAGAAGCCCCUUUGUUGAAUCUCCUCCUCUGGGCACUGGGGAUCGGCUGUUGUGCCUAGUCCAAGGAGCGUUUCAAGCCCUCAAUUCCACCAGUCCAGACAAAACCCUAGACUGUUGGUUAUGUCUAGCCUCUAGCCCACCUUAUUACGAGGGAAUCGCCACCACAGCUGGCUGGACGAAUAGUAGUACCCCUAAUAGCAAGUGUUCCUCCCUACCUAGCUCUAAACUUACAAUCCCUGAAGUCAGUGGGCAAGGCCUAUGUAUAGGCAAGGUACCUAGGUCACAUUACUCCCUUUGUAAUCAGACCCUCCCAACUCAGGACGGCCAUCAAUAUAUCUGGGGACCUAGCGGGACCUACUGGGCAUGCAACACUGGACUAACCCCUUGUGUGUCCACUGCCGUUUUAAAUGUCACAACCGAUUUCUGUGUAUUAGUUCAACUGUGGCCUAGGAUAUCCUAUUUACAAUCAGAGUAUGUUCUGAGUCACUUAGAAGGCCAAAAGAGGUACCCCCGGGAACCCAUUAGCCUGACCAUAGCUCUGUUGCUAGGAGUAGGGGGAAUUGCUGCAGGAAUCGGUACAGGAACAGCUGCAAUAAUACAGGGAAAUCAAUACUUAUAUCUACAAGCCGCCAUGAAUGAGGACCUAACUGCUAUGGCAAAAUCUAUUACAGCCCUGGAGAAAUCUCUUACUUCCCUCUCUGAGGUUGUGCUGCAGAACAGAAGAGGACUAGAUCUAUUGUUCUUGCAAGAAGGAGGCCUCUGUGUAGCCCUAAAAGAACAGUGUUGCUUUUAUGCAGAUCAUACAGGAGUAGUCAGAGAAACCAUGGAAAAGGUAACAGAAAGAUUAGCCAAACGGCAGAGAGAACUUGAGACACAACAAGGAUGGUUUGAACAUUGGUUUAGUAAGUCUCCCUGGUUGACUACCUUGCUAUCUACUAUAGCUGGCCCUCUGAUAAUUUUAAUACUAAUCUUCACCUUCGGGCCCUGCAUCUUGAACAGACUAGUACAGUUUAUGAAGGAUCGACUUUCCACGAUCCAGACUAUGGUCCUUACUCAACAGUACCAAAUGAUUAAGCAGACUGAUGAAUACUCUCCAUAACCGAGGCGGAAUGAACAAAUGGAUAUAAGAUUCUAUCCAUGAUAAAGAAAAAGGGGGGAAAUGAAAGGCCCCAGCUCUUUGUCUUAAACCCAUGACCUAGGACACUCUACCAA